AAGAAGGGUUGUCACAGAGAUGUCUUCUGAGACAUGUUACAUGGUAUAAAAAUCCAAGCAUAUACUGGUGACCCAAAGCUCCUCUAAAACAACAGAAGCAGCACCAUCUGAAGUAAGUAACUAGUUUAUUCAAGGAUGCUUAGAUGGUCAUUACAAGGAAUAUCCCAGACAUACCAUACCGGCAAUGACACAAUGUUGAUAUCUUUAGUUGAUAAAUUUUUGUUUUUGUAAAAUUACUAAAAUGCCUACCCCUAGUAAUUUUUAUUUGUAUACUGUUUGUGGAAUUAAUUUAAAGAAGUUUACAGAAAAAAACAUACUGCCAUGUCGUUAAUUCUGUUAAAGACCCUGUUUAGCAGUUCAGUAAAUUGUCUUUAAUGUCUUGAUGUUUUCGUCUUUAGGACCCCAGUAAUCAAGCUAAAGGGGAACUGUGGCAAGAGACAAUCUGAGGUCAAUUAAGCCAUUCUGUGUUAAUGGAAAAUAAAACACAUUUUCACUUUAUGUUGUUUGAAAAUAUUGGGCAUAUAAGAUAUGCUUUGUUCACUUUGGGGUUUGUUUUAUACUGUGUGAUCAUAAUCCUAAAUGUCCUUAUUAUUCUUGCAAUAUGUUUGGUAAGGACUUUACACCAGCCCAUGUACAUUCUGAUUUCAUUUAUGUCUAUUAACUCUUUGUAUGGUACAGCUGCCUUUUUUCCAAGGGUGAUGUCAGACUUGCUGUCUGAUACACACACAAUCUCCACUGAAGCAUGUCUCAUCCAGAGUUUUGUCAUUUACUCAUAUCUAGCAAAUGAGUUUGCAACAUUAAUGUUAAUGGCAUUUGACAGAUUUGUUGCAAUUUGUAAACCUUUACAAUACCAUAACAUAGUUACUUUGACGGUAUUAACUGUUUUAAUUUCUAUACACUGGACUUUUCAAAUGCUUUGUCUUGCUAUCUUUGCUUUAUUAACUUCCAGAUUGACAAUGUGUGGUAACAAACUGUGGAAGGUGUACUGUCACAAUUAUGAAAUUGUUAAGCUCUCAUGUGCAAACAGUUUAAUUAUUAAUGUUUGGGGUUUCUUUAUGGUGAUUGUAUCUGGUGUUAUCCCAUUAUGUUUAAUAAUAUAUUCUUAUGUUAAAAUUCUUAUCAUCUGUCAAAGAAGCUCAUCACAGUUCAGAAGCAAAGCUUAUCAAACUUGUAUUCCACACAUAGUGAUUCUUUUAAAUUUCUCAAUUGCCAUUAUUUGUGAAAUCACAUUAAGUCGCAUUGUAAACUUAGAAAUGCCAACAGGGCUGUCAGUCUUUAUUUCACUGGAGUUUCUUGUUGUACCACCAAUCCUAAACCCUCUUGUUUAUGCUUUAAAUUUCACUGAUAUUCGCAAAAAAAUUAUUUGCUUUAUAAAGGCAAGGUAG